AUGAUGCAAAGCUCAGCACUCACUACAGAAGGUUCUGUCAAGGGGCUUCCAGAGAUUCUUGGUGUACCAAUGCAACAGAUUCCCCAGUGCGCUGGCUGCAACCAGCACAUCCUGGAUAAGUUCAUCCUGAAAGUCCUCGACAGGCACUGGCACAGCUCCUGCCUCAAGUGCGCGGACUGCCAGAUGCAGCUAGUGGACAGGUGCUUCUCCAGAGCCGGGAGCGUCUACUGUAAGGAAGACUUCUUCAAGCGUUUUGGUACGAAAUGCACGGCCUGUCAGCAAGGAAUCCCCCCUACCCAGGUGGUACGGAAAGCCCAGGACUUUGUCUAUCACCUGCACUGCUUUGCCUGUAUCAUCUGCAACCGCCAGCUGGCCACAGGCGAUGAAUUCUACCUCAUGGAAGAUGGGCGCCUGGUGUGCAAGGAGGACUACGAGACAGCCAAGCAGAACGAUGAUUCAGAAGCUGGAGCCAAGAGGCCACGAACCACCAUCACAGCCAAACAGUUGGAAACGUUAAAAAAUGCCUAUAAAAACUCCCCCAAACCCGCCAGGCACGUGCGGGAGCAGCUGUCCUCGGAGACAGGGCUGGACAUGAGAGUGGUGCAGGUCUGGUUUCAAAACAGGCGGGCCAAAGAAAAACGGCUGAAGAAGGAUGCUGGGCGGCACCGCUGGGGCCAGUUCUACAAGAGCGUGAAGAGGACCCGCGGGGGCAGCAAACACGAGAAGGAGAGCUCUGCGGAGGACUGUGGGGUUAGUGACAGUGAGCUGAGCUUCCGAGAAGAUCAGAUCCUCUCUGAGCUUGGCCACACCAAUAGAAUUUACAGCAAUGUUGGGGAUGUUGCUAGUGGACAGUUAAUGAACGGAAGCUUCUCCAUGGAUGGGACAGGACAAUCUUACCAGGACUUGAGGGAUGGAAGCCCCUAUGGAAUUCCUCAGUCUCCAUCUUCCAUAUCGUCCCUUCCUGCCCAUACUCCAUUGCUCAAUGGUCUGGAUUACACAAUGGACACUAAUUUGGGAAUUAUAGCACAUGGAGGGCAGGGGGUGAGCCAGACACUCAGAGCAAUGGCUGGGGGACCAACCUCUGAUAUUUCUACAGGAAGCAGUGUAGGCUAUCCAGACUUUCCAACAAGUCCUGCUUCUUGGCUUGAUGAAAUGGAUCAUCCUCCUUUUUAAGUAUCUCCUGCUUCCCACCCCGUCCCACUCAUUCUUUUGGCCUGAAAGUGUGCUCAAACUAGCAAAAGAGACGACAACAAGCGACCUUCAAGAA